GAUCUACGUUCGUUAUUACUUGUAGUUCAUACUUCAUACCCAGUCAUCAACGUCAAUUGGUACCUACAGGGCGGCUUUUUAUCAUAACUAGUGAGAAAUAUGUAUGUGUAUAAUAAAGUGUUGAGUAACUUAGUUAAGAAAACCCAGAUUCUAAGGUCAAUUUCCGUAAGCGCGACCGCCAUACACGUAAAUGAAGAUAGCAAACACCAAAAAUCAUGGAGAGAUAUACCGGGACCUUCUACACUCCCAAUUAUCGGACAAGCUCUGAACUUUAUUUUACCAGGAGGUUUGCUAUACAAUCGUAAAGCCGACCUGGCACAUAUUCUAUAUGAAAAUUAUGGACCCAUCGUCAGAGUGGAAGGCGGUGUAGGAAUGUCUCCAAUUAUCUUCCUUUAUGAUCCAGAAGUUACUUUAAACAUAUUUCGGAAUGAAAAUGAUAUGCCAGUCCGACCCGGUUUUGAUGUGUUAGAAUAUUUCAGAAAACACCACUACAAGAGGAAAGACAACCCUUGGGAGAAAACAACUGGGCUUAUAACUGAACACGGUGAGCCCUGGAAGAAAUUUCGAUCUAGUGUAAACCCAAUAUUGUUGCAGCCCAAGAAUAUAGCGCUAUAUACUGACGCUCUCAACUUAGUAGCUGAUGACAUGGUUAAGAGACUAAGAUCGAAACGUAACGAAAACAAUAUGCUGAAUACGAAGUUCAAUGCAGAAAUGACGUUAUGGGCCCUGGAGGCGAUCGGGGUAGUUGCUUUAGGGUCUCGACUGAACUGUCUCGAUACGGACCUCCCAAAAGACUCCCCAGAAAUGAGAUUAAUAAACACUAUUCACUACGUGUUUAUGUUGGUAGAGAAGCUUGAUUUUGAGCCCAGCCUUUGGAAGUAUUUUCCAACUCCUGUUUUCAAAGCUGCAAUGAAGUGUUUCAACGAACAUACAAAGCUCAACGAAUAUUUCGUAGAGAAAGCUGUAGAACAAUUAAAAAACAAUGCCAAUAAAGAAAAUGAAAAAGAGAAAGGGAUUUUGGUGAAACUACUUGAAAUAGAUUACAAAGUUGCAGUUAUUAUGGCUAGCGAUAUGUUAUUCGCCGCCGUUGAUACCACAGCCAAUACAGUCAUAGCUUCAAUAUUACACCUUGCCCAAAACCCUGACAAACAAAACAAAUUGAGAGAAGAAAUCAAGUCUAAAGAUGAAAAAAAGCAAUAUCUAAAAGCGUGUAUCAAAGAAUCUCUAAGAUUAAUACCUGUGGUGGGAGGAAAUUUUAGAAAAACUACUAGAGAAUAUAAUGUGAUGGGGUACAAAAUACCGAAAGACAUGUUUUUGAUGUUUGCUAACCAAUAUUUAUGCUCGUGGGAUGAGCACUUCCCCCGUGCUAAGGAGUUUCUGCCAGAGAGAUGGAUUGUUAAGAAGGGUGAUCCAUUAUACUACGGCCAAGCACACCCCUUCGUUUAUAGUCCCUUUGGAUUUGGAUCAAGGAGUUGUGUUGGUAAACGGAUAGCAGAACUUGAAAUGGAGACCAUCAUAGCCAAGAUUAUAGAGAACUUCCAAGUUGACUGGGUUGGACCUCCGCCUGUGCCGACCAGAACAAGCAUUGUCAACCAUUUGAUUAAACCUUAUAACUUUACAUUUAAGGAUGUCUAACAAAGUAUUUUAUUAAAAGGAGUAAAAAAACUUACCACGAUAAUAUAGCACAUUUUAUUAUAA